AUGACAAGGAAUCAUUUAUGCACUGAUAAGUCAUUGCUGGUUUUAGAACACAUUUUAUAUUCAUUUUUGUAUUGCUGCUUGGAAAACCAGAAAAUGUAUAGUUUAGAUUUAUUAAUACAAGCAAGUAUAAUUUGUAAUGGCUUCACGAAAGAGGUUUCCCUCAAGAAGUCAGCCAAUUUGCAUCCAUUGGGCAAUUUGUACAGUUUGAAAGCUUCGUUUCUAGAGUUUGGUGUUGACAGUCAUGUCAUAAUUGCCCAAUGGUUCAGUUACAGUUAUGAGAGCAAGAUACUGUUUUUUUAUUUUGUAGGCACUGGAAAAGGUGAAUUUACGCUACCAGUUGGUGAAAAUCUGUUGUACAUAGAUGAGUGUUUCUUUUGUAAUUUCAAAAGUGUUAUGUUUUUCAUUCAUUGCAUAUUGACUUUUCUGAAUUAUUUCAUCAAUUUGUUUUUUCCUACCAGUGGAAAUCUUUAUUUCUGCACUUCAACCUCAUUCCAUCACUUCCUUAAUGGUCAAGAGGAAGGUGUUUAUCAUAUAUUUUAUGUUGAGGUUGUUGUUGUGGAAAGAUUUGAAAAUAAAAUAUUACCAUGUUGUCAAAUAUAUCUAUACAAAUACACAUAG